AUGAAGAUUCUCCAACAUGGGUCUACGAAUGUUGAUCGUAAUAGGCUGAUGCCGUUUGUAUCCGUUCUUGUGGAUUUCUUGGUUGUUUGUUGUUGGUGGUGGACUGUAAAACGAUAUAUGGAAAAGUAUGAAAGGGAAUAUGGUGUUGAUGCCAAAAUGAGAGGUGUUGAUGUUGAACAAAUCAAAUGUGGCACAGUCGUGGGUGAUGGCGUUAAAGUGGACGAUAAAAUCGAGGGUAUUGUUAGUGACGUAGCGCCUGAAAAGAUGACAGGAAACAUUAGUAAAUGUGGAAUACCUACUAUAAGUAAGGACAGUCUUGAUGAUUCUUGUGAGAAGUGGUUGGAAAAGGUACGGCAAUUUAGAGGUGUUGGUAAACUGGUAGAUUUGUACUUCGGGGACGAAGUACAGGGGGGUCUAGCUCAUGUCAUGGUGAAUUUCGGUACCCCAGGUCGUGAUCCUUUAAGGGAAUCGACCAGACAAGUUUUAAUUCGUAAGUUAGGUUUCCUAAAGCAACCUUUAGUUAAGAAACUGUAUACUGCAUUAUCUUCGCUUUGGUGGUUAGUACCUGAACGAUACGCCGAAGGACCUGGGCAAGCGAACAGUAAGCUCGCUGUAAUUACUCAGUUAAGUUCUUGA